CAGUUGCAGUUAUGAGGGUGCUAAACUGGUGCAUGCUGGGAGCAGCUGUCCUGCUGCUAGUGUGCCAGGUCAUCAUCCAUCAGUUGUGCGAGUCCCUCAUUGUUCUGGUGGAUGGAUUUCACACACUCUUCAUGCUCGUGCGCAUGGCUUUUCCUCCUUCUAAGCCUGUGAGCGUGAGAAAACCUCCUCUCUCCCCUGCAUACUCUCCCCCCUCCUCAGCUGCACCUCCUUCCCUCCUGUCUGUAGACUCUGCCAUUAAAGUUCUACCACCUGACACCCACACCUCCACUGAUGAGUCACAAAUCCAAGAGCAGCCUCCGAUUCCUCAACCUCCUCUUGAAGCAGCCGCACAGGUCAACUCCCCAGAAGUCUCUCCAGCUCUGAACUGUGGUCUGUCGUACAGCAGCAGCAGGACUCAGGUUGUGGGGGCUUUCAUCUCCGCUCUAGUCCUGACCUCUCUGUGUCUCUCUUGCGUCACUGAAAUCAUCAGCUUCUCCCUGGAUCCACACCCAGUACAGCGCCCCCCGCUGCCUGUGCUGGUUGGAGCCAUCAGUCUGCUCUAUAAGAUGCUGUUGCUCUGGCUUAAAUGGGACCAGAUGAAACAAGAGCAAGCAGGUGCAGGCAGGCAGCUGGAGACUAAAUCUCACUUUGAAGUGAACCACAAAGUCUCGACUAAAGGGAAAGCCGAGGGUUGGAUAGAUCCAGAGAAACUCCUGGAUGACGUUAGCCAAGUCCAAUAUCCUGCGGAUGACCCUCUUCACAAUGGGGCGCUUGUCCUCAGUAACCCGGGAAUCUCCACCAGCAGCCCUGACAGGGACUCUGAAAACCCUCAACCGCAGCCAGGAGUCCACCUGCAUGCAGCAGCUCCUCGGGACAGCAGUGACUGUGAAGGUCUGAGCUGUGUCGCAGAUUUGAGUCAAACAGAAGAGAUUACAGGAAUCUCCAAAGACAGAACCUGUAAGGGACAUCUUGGCAAUGAGAAUGCAUCUAAUAGCUCCCAAAUCUGCAAAUCCUCACAUCCCACUGACAGUCCUGUUCCUACCAGCCAGGAGGUAGUCAUUCUCCUGCCAUCCACCCUCGUCGUGCAGAGCCUUUGCACCCCCAUCCUGUCUCUGAUCAACAGCUUGGUGACGCUGCUGGUUGGCCCGCAGUGUCUGCACAGCUCUGGAGCCUGUGGCCUCCUGGUUUAUCUGGAUCCUGUCCUGUCUAUGUUGGCUGUGUGUGUGCUGAUUGCCAUGGCUAUGCCAGAGGUGCACAGGUAUGGACUGUUAUUGCUACAGUCAACACCUCCACAUAUUUGUGUGUCUGAUCUUGGACGGAGGAUUGCGAGUGUCCCUGGUGUGCAGGCUGUGCACGACCUCCACGUCUGGCAGUUAGCUGGAACACUAACAGUGGCCUCGGUGCAUGUACACUGUCAUGCUGGGUUUCCAUUACACAGGUGUGUUGAUGUGCUCUCCGGGGUCACAAAGGUGCUGCAGAGUGUCGGAGUGAGUUGCUGCACCGUUCAGCCAGAGUUUGUAUCCUAUUCUGGCUCCUCUGCAGGCAGUGAGGGGGAAACCUCCCCAGUCAUCCACAGAGAGGACCCCACUCUGCCUCCGCUCCAGCUGACCUGCAGCCUCGCUUGUGGAAAGGCCUGCGCUGGUUUCAUGUGCUGCUCCCCCAAAGAGGAGCCGACCAGGACACUGCUGACACCAGCUGGAGAAACAAAGGAAGACCCUCAAACACUGGUCAUCGAGAACACGUUCCUCUGACCAUCAGAUUUAACCAUUGAAUUAUCCUAAAGGAUAUCCAUGUCCAGAUGUAAAGCUAAUCAUAGUGAACGGUGGAGAAUGUAAAGAUUUGAAAGUGUAAUCUUUAACAAAACACUGACUGCAUAUAUAUAUAUAUAUAUAUAUAUAUAUAUAUAUAUAUAUAUAUAGAGUAUAUAUGUUCAGAUAGAUAUACAACAUUAACACGGUGCUGUGCCAAAUAUUUUUGUUAUACCAAAUUAAUUUAAGUGCUGAAUAAGGC